CAAUAAACAUAAACAAUAAACAAUACAUCUAUCUAUUCACCAAAAAUCCAUCAUAACAAAAAUACAAAAACAAUAUGACAAUUUUAAUUUCUCUUCUUACUCAAUUUAUACUGUUACCAAUUUUAAUUUUAGUUCAAUCUAUCACAACCAUCCAAUCACAAGCAUACACGUCAUCAACAUCAUUUAUCCGUUUACCUCACUCUCAAUCUCCAACUCCGACGCCGGUAACUCUCUCCGUCACCGACUACGGCGCCACCGGCGACGGCGUAACAUACGACACCGUUUCAAUCCAAUCCGCAAUCGACGACUGCACGUUAGCCGGCGGCGGCCGCGUAGUGUUUCCGGCGGGCAAGUAUUUAACGGCGACGGUGUACUUGAAGUCCGGCGUGGUGUUAGAGGUGCAGAAGAAUGCAACGGUAAUUGGAGGGACGAGGAUUGAGGAUUAUGCGGCGGAGCAGGACCGGUGGUAUGUGGUGGUGGCGGAAGAUGCGGUGGAUGUCGGGAUCACCGGCGGCGGCGAGAUCAACGGUCAGGGAUUAGAGUUUGUGGUUAGGUUUAAUGAAAAGAAGAAUGUGAUGGUGAGCUGGAAUGAGACUGGAAAGUGUGAUGGUGAUGAAUGUAGGCCUAGAUUGAUUGGAUUUAUUCGGUGUAGAAAUGUUAGGGUUUGGAAUAUCAGGUUGGCCGAGCCCGCGUAUUGGUGUUUACAUUUGGUUCAAUGUGAUAACACAUACAUUCACGAUAUGUCAAUCUACGGAGAUUUCAACACUCCGAACAACGAUGGGAUAGACAUCGAUGAUUCAAACAACACUGUGAUUACGAGAUGCAACAUCAACACCGGAGAUGAUGCUAUCUGUCCAAAGACAUAUGAUGGUCCUUUGUACAAUCUCACUGCUACAGAUUCUUGGAUUCGUACUAAAUCUUCGGCUAUCAAAUUUGGUAGUGCUAGUUGGUUUGAAUUCAAAGGGCUUGUGUUUGAUAAUAUCACGAUAGUAGACUCUCAUAGAGGACUUGGACUGCAAAUACGCGAUGGAGGAAAUGUUAAUGACAUAACCUUUUCAAAUAUUAACAUAACCACGAGAUACUAUGAUCCAUCAUGGUGGGGUCGUGCAGAACCAAUCUACGUCACAACAUGCCCUAGGGACAACACUUCAAAGACGGGUUUAAUCUCCAAUCUAACUUUUGUUAACAUCACAGCAACAUCAGAAAAUGGUAUCUUCUUGUCGGGAUCUAAAACUGGUGGCCUUCACAAUAUAAAGUUCAUGAAUGUGAACCUUACUUACAAUCGGUGGACUAGUUAUGAUGGCGGAUUGGUUGAUUACAGGCCGGGAUGUCAAGGGUUGGUUAACCGUAGAUCGGCUGGGAUUAUGAUGGAACACAUAGAAGGAUUGGAAAUCGAGAAUGUAAAUAUGAAAUGGUUUGGGAACAGAGUGAGGGGAUGGAAUGUUCCUCUGGAUUUUAGUCCCUCAAACGUGGAUAACAUUUCUUUGUUGAAUUUUCACUCAAAUACAUACGGAAGGUAAACCUAAUUACUAAUUUGUUAUUGAAACGAUCCUUUUAUUUUAUUGGAAAACUUUUGUUUCAAA